AUGGGGAAAGCUUGGAGUGAGCAAGUGAACUAUGUUGGAGGCCAAGGGCAAGCUAAUGACUCGUACUCUAAUACCUACAACCCCGGAUGGAGGAAUCAUCCUAACUUUGGAUGGAGAAACCAAGAAGGUCAAGGCAAUGCUCAAGCUUCCAACCAAGCGGGUCCUAGUUUUCAAGGAGGAAAUAGACCUCAAUAUCAACAACAACCACAAGGUCAAUACCACAACAACCAACACCAAGGGAACAAUUAUGGUGGUAGACCACAACACCCUCCCGGUUUCCAACAACCAAGGAACACGGAUGAGGGAAACAUGCUUGCCAAAUUGAUGGAGAAAUUUGAAAAGAUGGAGGCUGAAAAUAGGCAACUUCAUAAUGAAAAUAGGCAAAGGGAGAAGAACCAAGCUUCCACCAUCCAUCACUUAGAGACCCAAAUCUCGCAAAUGGAAAUUUCGCUUCAAGGUAGACCUCAAGGGGGAUUGCCCUCUACUACGGAAAACAAUCCUAGAGAGCAUGUGAAAGCCAUCAAAGUUGUGGAACUUCGAAGCGGUAGAGUCCUUGAUGUUGAUCAUGAUAAGGAUCUUGAAAAAGCUAAUGGCAAGAGGCCAAUGAUUGUGGAGGUUGAGCCUCAAGUGGUAAUAGAUGUUGCAAGCUCUAGUCAAGAGCUACCAAAGUCGUGUGAGGAGGUGGCUAUUAAUAUUGAUGUUGAAGAACCAUAUGUGAGGCCACCACCACCACCACCUUUUGUGCCUAAAGUACCAUUCCCAAGCCGGUUGAGAAAGGCUCCGGAUAAUGAAAAGUUUCAUAAGUUUCUUGAAAUAUUCAAGAAACUUCAAAUAAGCAUGAGCCUAGGGGAUGCCUUACGAGAGAUUCCCCAAUACGCUAAGUUCUUGAAAGACAUAAUUAUGAACAAGCGAAGUUGGGAACAAGGCGGAACAAUUCCUCUAACGGAAAGUUGUAGUUCUAUUAUCCAAAGCAAUCUACCGACCAAGCUACAAGAUACAGGGAGUUUCACGAUUCCUUGCUUAAUUGGCACUUCUACUUCUCUUAAUUGUCUUUGCGAUUUAGGUGCAAGUAUAAAUCUAAUGCCGUUACAGCACGGGGUUGCGGAAGACGUGCUAGUAAAAGUGGGCAAGUUCAUCUUUCCGGUGGACUUUGUUGUGCUUGAUUAUGCGGUCGACAAAGAUUUCCCCAUGAUUCUCGGGCGUCCUUUUUUGAAUACGGGAAGAGCAUUGGUUGAUGUUAAUGGGGGGAAGAUAACAUUAAGAAUGAAUGAUGAGAGCAUGGUGUUUGACAUCAAGCAUGGCAAAAGCAAGUGUGAGGAGGAGAAAUGCAUGAAGAUUGAUAUUAUUGAGCCCACAUUGCAUGUGCCUAUGAAGGAGACAACACCUCAUGUCAAGCCACGCAAGGGAAAACCAAGACGUUGGACAUCAUGGAAGUUGAAGCUCAACGGGAUAGCAACCGCAAGCAAAAGACAAAUAUGCACGGAAGUUGCUACUCUUGGUGAGUACGUCCAAGUUCGAACCUCUCAAGCACAUUCACAAGCGGGGAAGGUGAUUUCUAAGUGGAGUGGACCGUUUAAAACACGGCGCAAUUUGAAUAAUGAUUUGAUUGAGUUGGAGGGGGCCAAUGAUGAUGUUUUUAAGGUGCUUGGGGAAUGGUGCAAACCAUAUCCUAGAGUGUUGAUCGAUGAAAGUCGCGAGCAAGUUGCUCUUUUUGAUCCUCCAUGA